AUGUGAAAGAAACACCCACCAAGCAUUCAAUGCGGACAUGUUUUUGUAUUGACUGCCAUAGUAAUUGUGGGAAUUGAUGAGAUUUUGUUAACCCCUUUUUUUCUUUUUCUUUCUCUUCUCUCCUCUUGUUUCUGUGCUCUGCAUUUACUUCCAGCUGAGAGAAAGUAUGAAACAAAGUGGGAGAGUGGUUGGUGGAGCUGCCGAUAUUGGUUGGAAUUGGAAGAGUUGUUGAACGCUGUUUUCUGCCGUUAUGUUUAACACAACAAUUUUCUUUUGUUUUUAAGUUCCCAUCUCUCCCAAUCUCUUGUCUGUGGAAAAUGGGGGUCUGGUUUUUGUCAGAUUUUCGGUUUUUCUUAAUGCUUCCCUAGGCGCUAAUAAAGCUCUGUGAAAAUGGGUAUCUGGCGUUUUGUGUAAAUCUUUGGGAUCCUGAGUUAAAGAAAGCAAAAGUAAUCUUGGGGGCUGGGUUUUGCAUCCUAUUUAAUGGGGUUUUUUGAAUUUUUGAAAAAGUUCAGUCUGCUGCUGCAGCUGAAAUUUGAAAUGAAACCAGUGAGUCAUGGGCCCUCGAAGAAAGUAAGGGAUUCUCCUCUCUGAUCGCAUUAAAGGUGAUAAAGUGAAGGCUUCUCACCAAAAGCUAGCAAUGUGAUGACUUGUUGCAUCUGCCUUACCAGUUGAAUUGAAAAAAUUAAAGGAAAAGAGAAGCAGCUGAUUCUUUUUCCCUCGGAAAAUCAGAAACCCCUCUUUUGCUUUCGUGUUUUUUCCUUCUUUUUUGAGUUUGAAUUCUUCUGCUUAAAGCCUGGGUUUUCUUGAAGUGGAGCUUGUACAAAUUUGCCUUCGUUUGGCUUUAUGUAGAGUUCAAUUCAUGCAUCUUUCACUAUGGAAGCCCUUGUCCCAUUGCGCGGCUUUAAUCAUGGAGAAGAAAACCAGAAGGCGCCACGGUUCUGGUCCAGCCGAGAGGCGAAAAUCCUCCAUUCUCAGGCAAUUGCAAGAGAACAAGCUGAGGGAGGCUCUUGAAGAAGCUUCUGAAGAUGGGUCUCUCGUAAAAUCCAGAGACAUUGACUACGAAUCGCCGAAUCAAGACGGGAAUGUUCGACGGUCGAGAUCUCUCGCUCGGCUCCACGCCCAGAAGGAGUUCUUACGCGCCACCGCACUCGCCGCCGACCGGACCUAUUGCACAGAAAACAUGAUUCCGAAUCUCUUCGACGCCUUCACCAAAUUCCUCACCAUGUACCCGAAAUUCCAGUCGUCGGAGAAAAUCGACCAGUUGAGAUCAGAAGAAUACGAGCAUCUCUCCGAGUCGUUCUCCAAGGUAUGUCUCGAUUACUGUGGUUUUGGUUUAUUUUCCCACAUUCAGACCCAGCAAUUCUGGGAGUCUUCGGCUUUUACUCUCCAUGAAAUCACUGCAAAUUUGAGCAACCACGCCCUCUACGGCGGCGCCGAGAAGGGCACGAUUGAGCACGACAUCAAGACUAGGAUUAUGGAUUAUCUGAACAUUUCUGAGAAUGAAUAUGGGCUUGUUUUUACAGUCAGUAGGGGGUCUGCCUUUAAACUCUUGGCUGAGUCUUACCCUUUUCGUAUGAAUAAGAAAUUGUUGACCAUGUUUGAUCAUGAGAGCCAAUCUGUGAGUUGGAUGGCUCAGAGCGCUAAAGAGAGAGGAGCAAAAGUUUACAGUGCGUGGUUUAAGUGGCCAACGUUGAAACUCUGUUCUAGGGAGCUGAGGAAGCAGAUUUCAAACAAGAGGAAGAGGAAGAAGGAUUCUGCUGCUGGGCUUUUUGUGUUUCCUGUUCAGUCUAGAGUUACUGGGGCCAAGUAUUCUUACCAGUGGAUGGCUCUUGCCCAGCAGAACAAUUGGCAUGUAUUGCUUGAUGCCGGGUCGCUCGGUCCCAAGGACAUGGAUUCGUUGGGGCUCUCCCUCUUCAAGCCUGAUUUUAUCAUCACGUCGUUUUAUCGUGUUUUUGGGUCUGAUCCGACUGGGUUUGGUUGCCUGUUGAUUAAGAAAUCUGUUAUAGGAAGCUUGCAGAGCCAAUCUGGGCGGACUGGUUCAGGAAUGGUGAGGAUACUCCCCAUUUUCCCGCAGUAUAUUGGCGAUUCUACUGAUGGUUUGGAUGUCUUGGCUGGGAUUGAAGAUGAUGUGAUCAUUGGGAAGGAGGAUUCUGAAACUGAGAAACAUCGGGAAUCACACAUGCCUGCCUUUUCGGGUGUGUUUACGUCGAACCAGGUGAGGGAUGUCUUUGAAACUGAGAUAGAACAAGAUAACAAUAGCUCGGAUAGAGAUGGGGCUAGUACCAUUUUCGAGGAAGCUGAGAGCAUCUCAGUUGGGGAGGUUAUGAAGAGUCCGAUCUUCAGCGAGGACGAGUCAUCGGACAAUUCAUAUUGGAUUGAUUUGGGUCAGAGUCCAUUCGGUUCUGAUAAUUCUGGCCAUUUGGUCAAACAAAAAACAUGGUCACCCUUACCGCCUUCUUGGUUCUCUGGAAAGAGGAACAGUAUGCAGCUUUCUCCAAAACCAGCAUCUAGGCUGUUGAAAAGUCCGAUAUGCAGCGAUGAUAAGCGGGUGAAUCCCAGGCACCAUGAAGAUUCGGUGUUGUCUUUUGAUGCAGCUGUAUUAUCAGUGUCACAUGAUUGCAGCCGUGUGAAGGGGAUUCCUGAAGAAGAACAAUCUGGAGAACAAGACUCUUGCUCUGGAAAUGUUGGAAGUUUGAAGGAUUCUCACGGUGUUAGUGAGAUCCAGGAGGAUUCAGAAACAGGAGAAGAAUCGGUCUCGACUAGGUUGAGUUCCGCAUCAAACGGAAUCCAACCUGCAAAUCAGACUUCCGAGUUACAGGAUCUGAAGCUUCCAAAUUCCACAACAUCAGGAGCUUUCAAAGACUUGAAGGAAAGUGCCAUAAGGAGGGAGACAGAGGGAGAAUUCAGACUCUUGGGCAGGAGGGAAAGGAGUAGAUUUUCUGAACGUGGACUCUUUGGUUUAGAAGAGGGAGAUAGAGCUAUAAGCAUGGGUCGUCGAGUAUCAUUUAGCACAGAAGAAAAUGAAAAAGAAAGCUUGAACGAGAUGUUCGAGCUUGGGGAAGCAUCUAAUGCAGCUUUUGGCAAUGAGGAAUCCAUGAGUGACGGAGAAUAUGUCGAGGAGCAAGAAUGGGGAAGGAGGGAGCCUGAAGUGAUUUGUCAGCAUCUUGAUCAUAUUGAUAUGCUGGGCCUCAACAGAACUACCCUCCGACUAAGGUAUCUCAUUAACUGGCUCGUCACUUCGUUACUUCAACUCCGAUUACCCAGUCGAGAUGAUGCAGGAGUUCACCUUGUGCAACUGUAUGGACCAAAGAUCAAAUACGAGAGAGGCGCUGCGGUUGCUUUUAAUGUAAAAGAGAGCAAUGGGAGAGGGCUAAUACACCCAGAAGUUGUACAGAAACUUGCUGAAAAGAAUGGCAUAUCUCUUGGAGUUGGUAUUCUCAGCCAUGUGCGGGUAGUAGACGUUCCAAAGCAGAAUCCUGGAUCGUAUGAUCUCGAAGACAUGGCGUUGAGCAAACCAAUGGUUAAUAGCCGAGGCCAUGGUAGAAAGAAACUAUUUUUCCGAGUCGAGGUUGUCACGGCAUCCCUUGGAUUCCUUACCAACUUUGAAGAUGUUUACAAGAUGUGGGCUUUCGUUGCCAAGUUUCUAAAUCCAUCAUUUCUUGAAAACAAUAUCCUGUCUUCCGUCCCCGAGGGUUCGGAAUCAUAACCCCGGGAGCCUGUUUUAGAGCGUUCUUCGGCUUCCUCCCAGUUUGUGCAAAUAACAGACAGUACCUUCAGCAGAACUAAAAAAGAAAAUUGUGAAAGUUGAACUCAUUUAUCAGGGGAUGCUGCAACAAAGCAGCACACCCUGCUAAAAGUCUCAACUCUUCCUACAAAGCAGAUGGAUUCAUUCAUACCAACUGCAGCGACACGGUUUGUUUCAAGGAAGCCUUUUUAAACACAAGAAAGCUCGAGCUUCGGAUUUCUUUCAUGCAUUGUUGCAACGCUCUGCAGUGAAAUCCAAACCCGAGCUUAGGCAAGAGGGAAGGCUUGGCUGGUCUCUGCCAUUGAUUGAUCUUCUUAGUUAGAUUAUACAAGAUUGGUAGCUAGCUAGGCUAGGUAGGCUGGUGCUUUUAACUUUGCCAACAGCUAAUUUACAAACUUAUUUGAGAUUGUAAAUCUUUUUGUGCAUUUUCUUACCGAUAUAGAAUCUCUGCUCUUUGUGUUUUGCAGAUGUGCUUCUUAUGUUCUGAUUGUAUUUAUUUAUUUAAGGAUGUAAACUUGUUAUUCAAUGGAUUUCUCUUCCAUAU